CCGAUCUAUGGAGGAGACUGAGUCGGGGCGGCUAGGGCUUUUUCUCAAGAGGCGGCGGCUACAGGGACACACAUACGCGUAUUUGUGAUUAGAUCUGUUGGUCGAUCGUCUCGUCUCGGCGUGUGAAAGAAGAAAAAUCAUGUCGCUCGUGCCUGCACCGCGUGAGGACAGGGAACCAAAUGUCUUGGCCUCGAAGGAGUUGCUUCUUGACACUACAGGACUGGAGGAAUCGUCCAACACUAAACCUUCCUCUUCCUCUCUGCCACAGUCUCCAUUGUGUGAGGUGCCAGAUAUCUUGGCAUUGGAGCUCAACACUACUCCCUCGUUGUCUUCAUGCGUUACUUCAUUGACGCCUACUGGUCUACUUAUCAAACAUUUUGUCAGAGUAGAUAAAGGGGGAUUUUUCCAUACAUAUCCUGAUUGCGGUGGACCAUUUCAGAGCUUACAGGAAGCUCAGCAAGCUAUUGACUCUUAUCAUGUUGUUGAGAGAAAAAACAUGUGCAUGGAUGGACUUUCCUCUGAGGAUAGGUUUGUGCGGGAUGCUUUAUACUGGCAUCAUAAUGGCACAAGGAAAAACUCUGCAGAAGCGCGCCUUUGCUGCCAUGGCGAUCUGUCGCCCUGUCCGGGAAGUGGUUAAAGCUCUAUUGGACAAGUACAACGAUGACAAUAGUCAUUUGUGGGAUCCUGUAUAUGAACUAAAAGAAAUAGUGAGCUAUAAACCAUGUUUUGACGGGAAAGGCUGCACUUAUAGGUCAUACUCACAUUUGAAUAUGACCAUGAAGACUAAAGGAGAUGAUGAUCCUACAUGUGCCAACAAUAAACUAUUUUUUGCUGAAGUCACCUGCAUGAUUGACGAACAUGAAGAGUACGUGCUCACCUGUAUCUGCCCAGUUGAACCUGAUGACAAUGGUGAAUGCCAUAUGUGUGGAGAUGAAAUGAAGCACCCCACCAAUGCUGAAUACAAACAUGGCCGCCCCAUGUCACCCGUUAGAUGGUGUUCUCAUGCUGAUGCAGAUGACUUAUAUGAUAAGCUAGUUACCGUUCGUGACGAGGCUUGGCUGAAAGAGGAGGAAGCUAGGGUGAGACGCAUGUUCAAAGAAGUGGAUGAGGCUAUCAAGAUGGACACCAGAUGGGAUGACCAUGGAAAGACGGAUAAGUACGUAGUACCGGCUAGACGAAAAUUAGUUAAACCAGAUCAACAUUUAUUGAACAGCUUUCAUCUUUAGAACGCCACAUCUAGAUGAACAGGAGAUUAGCGACAUCAACCUUCACUGAAUAGCUUUUAUCUUAAGAACACCUCUUCGUGGUAUAUUGUUCUUCUGGUAACCAGAACCUGUAAGGAUAUGCAUUCCUUAAAUAUUACAUUCAUGUUUUGUUGGCUUUUAUUGAUGGGUAGAGCUGGGUA